UUUUGACAGCCUUUCAAAUUAGGUUAACUGGUGCUAUGCUGUGCCUGUAAAGCACAUCACAUGUUUACUAAUGUGUUAGGAAAUUUAAAAAGCUUGUGAGAAGGAAUUAAUAAUGAGUUGAUGUACACUUAACUUUACAAUAUAUUGGUCACUUCAGUUGUGUUCAACUGUGAUUUGAACCGUGUCCUUUCUGCUUUACCAGACAAUGGUGUAAGUCUGGUGCUUUUUGUGAACCCUUUCAUUAUUUUGCAGUUGAGUCGCUAUUACCUUAAAUUAUUCAAAAUCAAAUCAUUCUAAAACAAAGCGUCCACGCAUGCCUUACAAAGUAAUACUUAAUGUUAUGCAACAAAUGUGAAUCUGGUAUAUCCGGUUGUCAGGUGCCUCGCACAAAUCUCUCGGGCCUCACCUGCAUCACUCAUUCAGAACUGGCUGUGCUACAUUUCUAUUCAAGAUCUCUUCGCUUUGACUCCUCCCACCAAAACCAAGAUUUUUGUUUAGUUUGUGGUUCCCUAACCUGGUUUCUAUGCGCCAGGAGGAGAUGUUGAAGGAAGGUCUCUCUGUUUCCUGAGACUAAAAACAAAAUGACAACAAAUUCCAGUGGAAUAAAUUCUUCGAGAGAAGGCAGUCUGGAGAAAUUUACGCAUUUUCAAAGAGAUGAAUUUGAAAAUGAUUGGGAUAAAGUGGCUGACAGCAAGUUUGGUCAAGUCUACAAGGUGAAGCUCAAACUCUGGCGGGAAACAUGCGCCUUAAAGACAACGACCGCUGACUACAGGAACAUGAUAAAGAUGUCCAGAAUUGGAAGAGUGAAAUUUAAUUAUUUAAUUUCCAUUUAUGGAAUAAGCAUCGAUCCACCUGCUUUAGUUAUGGAAUAUAUGAGCAAAGGGUCUCUGGAUAAUCUCAUUAGCACUCAUGUGUUAAUGUGGCCCAAGAAGUUUCAAAUGAUCCAUGAAGUUACCAUGGGAAUGAAUUUUCUGCAUAGUAUGAAACCUCCCAUUCUUCACCUGAACCUAAAACCAGCCAACAUCCUUUUUGAUAAUCAUCUGCAUGUAAAAAUUUCAGAUUUUGGCAUGGUUAAAUGGGAGGACUUCUCCAAUAAGAUGGAAUUCGCUGAACACCUGACAGCUCGAGGGAACAUAAACUACGUUCCCCCGGAGACCUUUACCCAGAAUCAAGAACAGCCUGGAACCAAGUUUGAUGUAUACAGCAUUUCUAUAAUCAUGUGGGAAAUUCUCACACAGCAGCGCUCAUAUCAAGGGUUAAACUUGACAGAAAUAUUAAUCAGAGUGUCAUCUGGCAAAAGGCCUAGCAUAGACAAGAUCCCAGAAGACAAGCCACCUGAAUGCGAGGAGAUGAUUGAACUCAUGCAACAAUGCUGGCACCAAGACUGCAUCCAGCGACCUGCUUUCUCUGAUAUGGUACGGGUGACUGAAGACCUCAGUGAAAUCCUUCGAAUCUCAGACGAUAUUCUGAGGAAUGAGAGGAGGUGCAGCAUUUCUCAACAAGUCAAGCUGAAUAAUCCAAUAUAUAAAGAUGACUCUUCAGGCAAGUGUUUAAACUUUUUUGACAAUGUCUUUAAAUGGUUUCUGUACGUGGAUUAGUUCACACUUCCCAAACAAAUGCUAGCAUAUGACAACAGACAGGUAGUUGUGCUGUCAAGCACAAUUGUUUGCUUCAUACUUUAAAAAA